CAAAUGGCUCUACUUUCAACUGUCAGGCACUACUUUCCCUUGGAGCUAAGCUCCCUGCUCUUAGCACUUUCAUGCUUCAUCGUCACCGUCCUGUUUUUGUUCACUCUCAGAACUAGAACAAGUAAAUCCAAGUUGAAUCUGAAUCGGAUUCCGUCGCCACCAAAACUACCCAUAAUCGGAAAUCUUCAUCAGAUGGGCUCCCUUCCACACCGUUCUUUUCGAACUCUCUCCGAAAAAUAUGGACCUAUUAUGUUUUUACAGUUGGGUCAGAUUCCAACUGUGGUGGUUUCUUCCGCAGAAUUGGCCUCCGAAAUUAUGAAAACCCAUGACCUUGCCUUCGCUGAUCGACCUCAGGGUAUUGGUCCUACGCUCUUACUCUAUGGAUGUAAUGACAUUGGCUUUGGGAACUACGAUGAAAAGUGGAGACAGAAGAAGAAAAUCUGUGUCAAUGAAUUUCUUAGCCUGAGAAGGGUUCAAUCCUUCAAGAACGUCAGAGAAGAAGAAGCUCGGGAGUUAGUGAAUAAGAUCCGUGCUUUGUGCUCGACAGGUGCGGGUUCUGUGAAUUUGACUGACUUGCUUAUUGCUUCAUCAAAUAAUAUCGUGUCUAAGUGUGCUCUUGGGGAUCAGUUUAACACUGAGGCAAAUACGAGGAUCGGAGAGCUAGCGAGAAAGGUGAUGAUCAACCUUUUGGCUUUCAGUGUGGGAGAUUAUUUCCCUUCAUUUCGAUGGGUUGAUGUUCUCACUGGUCUGGUACCGAGGUUAAAGGCCAUCUUUAGAGAGUUAGAUGAUUUCUUUGAAAGCGUCAUUGAAGAACACAGGAGCAUGAUGAAGAAGACAAGGGAUGACCAAUUCUCCAUGAGGAAAAACUUGCUCGAUAUUCUCCUUCAACUCCUAGACGACGGCAUGCUGGGCGAUAGUUUCUCCCAAAACGAUCUCAAAUCCAUCCUAAUGGAUAUGUUUGUGGGAGGAAGCGACUCAAGUUCAGCAACAAUGGAGUGGGCCAUGGCGGAGCUGGUGAUGAAUCCCACGAAAAUGCAGAAAGCCCAGGAAGAGGUAAGACGCGUAGUGGGGAACAAUUCAAAGAUCGAAGACGAAGACAUAAAUCAAAUGAAUUACUUGAAAUGUGUGGCGAAAGAAAUUCUGAGAUUGCAUCCAGCAGCGACUCUCAUUCCUCCUCGAUUAUCCAGAUCAAGUGUGAAUCUCGGAGGGUACAAUAUUCCAGCUAAAACAACGCUGUACAUAAACGCAUGGGCAAUUCAAAGAGAUUCUGAUUUCUGGGAAAGACCUGAAGAGUUCAUUCCUGAGAGAUUUGAGCAGAACGAUGUUGAAUUCAAAGGGAAAAACUUCCAUUUCAUACCGUUUGGUUCAGGAAGAAGAGGAUGUCCUGGAAUGAUAUUUGGGGUUGCUGCUGUGGAAUCCAUGCUCGCUAAUCUCUUGUACUGGUUUGACUGGAAGCUGCCUACUGUAAAUGGCGUCACUGUUCAACACAUGGAUAUGGAGGAGACGUUCGGGCUAGUUGUGAGUAAAAAAGUACCUCUGUAUCUUCAACCAAUACCCCACUAUUAAAUAAUUCAGAACCAUAUAUAUGAAUGAGAUGACCAUUUUGAGUGUGUUUUCAUGUUAUGACUUGUCAUGGAAGAUUGUGCUAAUAUUUAGAAAUGAUGUAAAAUAUAUAUACCAUAUAUCUGUUUGUAAGUAUAUAUGAAGUGGAAGUUUGCGUCCGGGAGACUGUGAGAUGGUACUUGUAGUGAUUGUUCAAUA